AUGCUUUACAGCGACUUCAAGUCCCAGGUUAUUUGUAACACAACACUUACAGACACCUUUAGCGUGACCACGGGUGUGAAGCAGGAGUGUAUUCUCUCUCCCUUUCUGUUUGUCCUGGGGAUCGACUGGGUUUUGAAACAAGUGACUUGUGUUGGAAGAAGAGGGAUGAGAUGGACAUUGACCAGGGAUGAGAUGGAAGACCUUGAUUAUGCGGAUGAUAUUGCGCUGCUCGCACACCGGUACCAGGACAUCCAGGCAAAGACCAGUGUCUUGGCAACUACAGCAGAUUGUUUAGGCCAUAAGAUCAACAUUAAAAAGACAAGACACUUAAGGAUGAACAGGAGAACCAACGAACCCAUCGUGGUUAAUGGUGGAGAUGGAGAAGAAGAGAUCCUAGUCCGUAUCUCAAAGGAAAGUCAGGCCUUCGCCGCGCUUCAGAGUACUUGGAGAUCCAAGAAUAUCUGCCAGAAGACAAAGAUCCGAUUCUUCAAAAGCAAUGUCCUAAGCACCCUGCUGUAUGGCGCAGAAUCCUGGAAGAUGACCGAAACCAUCAGUCACAAGCUUGAAGUCUUCCAGAACAGCUGCCUGCGCAAUAUUCUACGUAUAUACUGGCCACAGACAAUCUCAAACUAUGAGCUGCGCAGAAGAACUGGAACAGAACUGAUUAAACAGCAAGUCCAGCGAAGGAGAUGGAGAUGGAUUGGGCAUGUGCUGCGCAUGCCUUCAGCAGCUUUACCACGAGUUGCCCUCAGAUGGACCCCUGACGGUCGUAGGAAGAGGGGCAGGCCGAGAGAAACAUGGAGGAGGACAGUGGAGAAAGAGAUGAAGGAAAACAGCUGGACAUGGGGUCACCUGGAACGAAAAGCACCCGACAGAAGCCAAUGGCGCUCUUUGGCCGAGGCCUUAUGUGUUUCACAACACGAAGAGGAUUAA